AUGUAUCGUAUUGUGAAUCCACUUUUAAAGCACAUCAUGCACCGGAGUUAUCUUGAUCCUACUUCAAAAAAACAGUGUCUUCAAUAUCUAAAGACACUAAGAACUCUGCAGUUCAGUGGUUACAACAACACUAUUUUUUUAGGAGAAACUGAUAUUUUGGAAAGCCUUAUAACAGGGGAAAAGGUUCCCCAAGAAGGCAAUCUCAACUGGCCUUUAUGGACCAUUGUACAUGCAGGUAGCAGUCAAGGAUGGGUACCGUGGAAAUACAGAGUGUUUCUAAGAGAUCAUUUAUCCUUAGGCCAGCAAGAAGAUGUCUUCCAGGAAUUCUGUGACUCCUUGUCUGUCACCUAUGGGAAGUGUGUCAUUGUGGUCAGAGAGAAAAGACCACCUAGAAUGCAAAAUGAAGCGUCUAGUCAAGAUGAGGAGAUAAGUGAGCCUCAGCCUGCAUCUUCCCUGUAUUUAUCCAGUAUCAAGUGUUGCCCAGAGAUUGCCAAAGCCUCAGGACAUGAACUUCUUUCAGUGCCUUUCCCGUACAACUACCUGCACCCUAUGGAUGCCGCCUGGUCAUCUUUAAAAUGGUUUGUCAUCAGUAACAGAAAGGAAUAUUCUCUGAAGUCCAUUGAGAGGACCUACUCAUAUCAGUGCAUCCUUUUCAGUGACUUGAUUGGAAAAGGAAUAGAGAAAAUGAGCCUCAGCAAAUGGAAGGUGGCAAUUAGCAAAGUGAGACGAUGGGAAAACUACUACCUGGACAAGUUUUCUUAA